AUCCACUCCUGGUUUUGCGGCCCCGCUCGCAUUUUCCUCCUCAUCUCUCCUCGCGCCUGCAUUGCCAUACAAGCAGAUGUUCUUUCUCCAUCACUAGUUUACACGACUAUUUUGUCUAAGGCUGGUAUUGUUACACAGACACUUUGGAAAGCAAACAGGGACGUGCCGACCAGCAGUUUUAUGCUACACCACCACUACGCAGAGAGAGUGUGGAGUGCGACUCCCAGCCGGGAAGCGGAGGACACACAGCGCUGCAAUUCUUCCCUUAUUUACCACCACACCUGUGAUGCGUUGUUUCUGAGCAACCAAGACGCACGGCGGGGAUACUAAUGGCCAUGGUAGGGGAAGAGGAGAUUUGUUGAGGGGAGGACUUUGAUGCAGUGUCGAUCCUAACGGCGUUUUUGCAGCGCCAGAACGAACAUUUUUGGACAGACGACGCAGUUAUUAAGCCAAUUUUCUGUAGGUGUUAUUCAAACUUGAACGCAAGGAGGUAGAAAGAUGAUGCCGUUAUACCUGGCACCCUUUGUCCGCUGGAGAUUCAGAGUAAUGCUUGCGUACUGCUGGAUCCUUUCCUUCGGAUUUAUCUGCAUUGGUGCGGAGCACGGUGCCCCGGUGACUCAUGCGGUGCCGGCGGCCUUCUCGGACCUGCUGCCCCACUUCCAGGUGGAGCCGGACGACGUGUACAUCGUGAAGAACAAGCCGGUGACGCUGACCUGCCGCUCCACGCCGGCCACGCAGAUGUACUUCAAGUGCAACGGCGAGUGGGUGCACCAGGACGACCACGUCAUCGAGCACACCAUCGACCCCGCCACAGGGCUGCCCAUCAUGGAGGUGAUGAUUGACAUCACGCGGCAGCAGGUGGAGAAGGUGUUUGGAUUGGACGACUACUGGUGCCAGUGUGUAGCCUGGAGCACUACGGGCACCCAGAAGAGCCAAAAGGCAUAUGUGCGCAUUGCAUAUCUGAGGAAGAACUUUGAAGAGGAGCCACUGGGUAAGGAGGUGGCCUUGGACCAGGAGGUGCUGCUGCGCUGUCACCCGCCCGAAGGAGUGCCAGUCGCCGAGGUGGAGUGGCAGCGCAACGAUGAGAUCCUGGACCCCAAGGCGGACCCCAACUUCUUCGUCACGUCGGACCACAACCUGAUCAUCAAGCAGGCGCGGCUGGCCGACACGGGCAACUACACCUGCGUGGCCAAGAACAUUGUGGCCCGCCGCAAGAGCUCCUCGGCCACCGUCAUCGUCUACGUGAAUGGCGGCUGGUCGACGUGGUCGACGUGGUCGGCGUGCAGCGCGGUGUGCGGCCGCGGGUGGCAGAAGAGGAGCCGCAGCUGCACCAACCCCACGCCCCUCAACGGCGGCAGCUCCUGCGACGGACAGAGCGUCCAGAAGAGUGCCUGCACCGCCACCUGUCCAGUGGAUGGAGGCUGGAGUGAGUGGAGUAAGUGGUCGGUGUGCGGUGCCGACUGUGCCAUGUGGAGGAGCCGCGAGUGCACCCAGCCCACGCCUGGCACCGGGGGCAAGGACUGCCAGGGCGCCGACCUCCAGUCCCUCAACUGCACCAGCGAACAGUGCCCGCAGACAGUGACGGGCGCGGAGGACGUGGCGCUGUACGUGGGCAUGGUGGCGGUGGCGCUGUGCCUGGCGCUCCUCCUGGUGGUGGUGGUGCUGGUGUACCGGCGCCGCAAGGGGGGCCUGGACGCCGACGUGGCCGACUCCUCCAUCCUCACCACUGGCUUCCAGCCCAUGGGCGCCAAGCCCACCAAGCCAGGUGUGUGGGCACCGCACAGGCCCCCACGCAGCAAAAACUCCCACCUGCUGACCAUCCACCCAGACCUGACCACCACCACCACCAGCUACCAGGGCACGCUGCGCUCGCGCCACGACGGCGGCGGUGGCGGCGGCACCGGGACCAUGGCGGGCACCAUGGCGGGCACCAACAAGUUCUCCAUGAGCAACGGGCCCCUGCUGGAACCGCUGCCCAACGGCUCGCACACGCUGCACAACGGCAAGCUGCCCAUGCCCGCCGACCCCAACGACUUCAUGAGCCGGCUGUCCACGCAGAGCUACUUCAAGACGCUGCCCCGCGACAGCGCCAACACCUCCUACGGCACGUUUAAUUUCCUGGGAGGCAGGCUCACCCUCCCCAAUACAGGUAUAAGUCUGCUCAUCCCUCCAGAGGCCAUUCCAAGGGGGAAGAUCUAUGAGAUUUACCUGACAGUUCAGAAGAAGGAAGACUUACGGUUGCCUCUCGCUGGGGGCCAGACGCUGCUGGGCCCGGUGGUGAGCUGUGGCCCUCCGGGCGUCAUGCUGACCCGGCCCGUCAUCCUGAGCAUGGACCACUGCUCCGACGCCGUGCCAGAGAACUGGGCCGUGCGGCUCAAGAAGCAGACCUACGAGGGCGCCUGGGAGGACGUGCUGGUGAUGGGCGAGGAGCUGGUGUCGGAGCCCUUCUACUGCCAGCUGGAGGCCGAGACGUGCCGGCUGUUCACGGAGCAGCUGGGCCGCCUGGCGCUGGUCGGGGAGUCGCUGCACAUGGCCGCCGCCAAGCGUCUGAAGCUGGUGCUGUUCGCGCCCGCCUACUGCACCACACUGGAGUACAGCAUCCGCGUCUACUGCAUGGACGACACGCAGGACGUCUUCACGGAGGUGAUGCAGAUGGAGAAACAGCUGGGGGGUCGGCUGAUCGACGAGCCCCGCGUGCUGCUCUUCAAAGACAGCUACCACAACCUGCGCCUGUCCAUCCACGACAUGCCCCAGAACCAGUGGAGGAGUAAGCUGCUCGCCGGAUACCAGGAGAUCCCCUUCUACCACAUCUGGAGCGGCUCCCAGCGCAGCCUCCACUGCACCUUCACUCUGGAGCGCCUCAGCCUCAGCACCUACGAGCUGACGGGACAGCUGUGCGUCUGGCAGGUGGAGGGCGAGGGACAGAGCUUCAGCCUCGACUUCAACAUCGCCAAGGAUAACCGGCCCCUGGACUCUGAUUUCCUGAUGAUGGAUAACAGCACGCCGGCCCUGGCGGGCCCCAGCGCCUUCCAGAUCCCGUACCUCAUCCGCCAGAAGAUCUGCAGCAGCCUGGACGCGCCCUGCCCCAACGGGGCCGACUGGAGGCUACUGGCACAGAGGCUCAAGCUGGACAGGCACAUGGGCUUCUUUGCGUCCAAGCCGAGCCCCACCUCGGUGAUCCUGGACCUGUGGGAGUCACAGCACUUCCACAGCGGCAACCUCAACCAGUUGGCGGCCGUCAUGGCCGAGAUCGGCAAGCAGGAAGCCAUGAUCUUCCUGGUGUCGGACGGCGAGUGCUAACCCUACGGCGCCGCCCUACAGCGUCUUUAUGGUCACGUCCUCACAUCGGCAGCAGCGGCGGAUGGCAGCAGCAGCAGCAGCAGCAGCAGCAGAUACUACAUACAAGAUACACAGACACACACACGGGAUAUGGAUCAUGAAGACACACCUGAACACAACCACAUGCUCACAGACACACUUUCACAUGUUCUCUCACUCUCUC